CCGAUCUCCUCGGUACUAGUCAGUUGCGGGGUUCCACAGGCUGCGACUCCUUGGUACCUCGUAGCCCUCUCCCCUUAUCUUCGCUCGGUGUGACGCUGGCUGUUAAUCAGAUCAUGCCAUCGAUGCUCUUUUGCUCGUGACCAAUUCAGCUAUAAAAAAGGUUCGAUUUAUAGUUGACACACCUCCGCCUCAACCAAGCCCGUGACGUUUUGCCGACCCACAGCGCGGCACUACCCUUUGCCAUGGAAAGCAAUGUAUCCGAGCUUGUUGAAAGGCUUGGAAGUGACGAAGAUGCAGUGCGCAAGAUGGCAGUCUUUAAGCUCCAGGGUAGCAUUGGAGAUCCUUCUUUCGCGGAUAUUUUCAUUGCAGAAGGUGGCCUGGCUAGAUUGCGAUACCUGACCUUACAUGCAAGUGGUAAUACACUAGCAUAUAGUCUCACAAGCUUUGCAAGAUUGCUAGAAGUCGACAAAGGGUGGGAUAUCAUAGAUCAGGAAGUGAUUCAAAGAGUCGUUGAACUUAUUGUGACCCAUCCCUUGGUCAAUAUCCUCAGGGGUGCAAUGUCUAUCUUAGUUUCCAUUGUAUCUCAUCCAUAUACAGGUAAUAAUUUAUCGCAAGGCAAAGAUUUUGGCUUCCCUGCAUUGAAACCCGCAGUUGCCGUCUACCCACAGUUCCUAGAGAUGCUUGUCAAUAGGCUUUCCUCUGCAGAUCAUGCCCUCUGUGCUAAUGCACUCCAACUAAUCAACUCACUUAUGCGCGAAUCCAUUGCGAAUGAGUCUGAUAUGCAGUGGCCUAAAUUCAUCCAGAAGUUGCAGGACCUGGGUGUGAUCAGGGCAGUCUACUCUCUCAUGCAGGAAACUGCAUUACAGGAUCAUAUGCACCCAUUGAUAGAGUUCCAGUCUCUAACGAAAGUUCUUCUGAGAAAGUGGAGGGGUAUUCCCCUGGAUUUGGAAAACCCCGAACAUAGAAGGGCAUUAAAAGGGAUUCAUCUGGCCAGCUUACAUGAACGACGAAGCCAGGAUAUAUGUAUAGGGACUGGGACUGGGACGCCGAACUCAAAGAAGCAUAACCCCAUGAAAUGGAGGCGUCUUGGGUUUGAGACAGAAAGUCCGAUUAUGCAAUUUGAGCAUACCGGUUUCUUGGGGAUGAUGGAUCUGGCCGAUUAUGUCCGGAACCAUCAAGAUGAAUUUCAGAAAAUGCUUUUGGAGCAGUCUGGAAAAUCAGGCCACCAAUGCUGUCCCAUCGCCCGCGCUUCACUCUCCGUCACUUUAAUCCUCUAUGAGCAUUUUGAGGUGGACAAGUCGGAGAUGGAUGACAGCAAAAGUUAUCUCUUAUUGGAAUCUCGCUCUAACCUCGACAAGCUAUUUGAGCCUCUGAUAUUGCACUGGACAAGAUUGCAUAUUGCAGGACUGCAUGCUUUUUUCCGUUUAUGGAAGGCCACGGGAGCGGAGUCAGAAGACUACGAAAGAAUCGUCGAGCUGGUUCGAAUUCUUAUUGAAUCUGUUGUUGGAGGAGCAGUUCGCACCAAGGACGUGCAGGAAGUGGAGGAGGAGAUGGCCAGUUUUGAAUAUAGCCGGCUCCGUGGAUUGCAGAUGGAGUUGUUGGAACUCACGUAUGAGGAUGUAUGGGGACAACAUCUGAUGCAGAUGCGUGAAGAGUUGUAUCAUGAGGCCCUCCAGUUUAUUAAGGAGCAGAGAAUUCGAUGCCUGCUGCAAGGAGCCUGGUUCCCCAGCGAAACCUCACUAAACUUGGGAUUGGGAUAUGAGAAAGUUUCGUGGACAUAUGCCCAACUCUCACAUAAUAGGAGGUAUCUACAUUUUGGGGGCUUCGAUGCCAUCAAAAAAGGGCGCCCCGAGCUGGACGCUCUGCCAGAGAAAAUUGAUCUGUCACUAGUAUCUUCAGUGGUGUCAAACGUUUCGGCUUCUAAUGAUCCCUUGUUACCCAAUGAGAAAGACAUUCCUCCUGCUUCCUAUACGAAAAUCACUAUCCAUGGUCACUUGUACCCUGUUUCCACUACAGGAGACACUCAGAAAAACGACGGCCAAAAUGGAACCUUGAGCAAAUCAGCACAAGAGGUGGUGUUAUUGAGUCUUCAUCCACCAUCCCCUAGCGUUGCGUCUGAAUGGCUCGAUGGUCUGCUCAUGCUUCUCAAUCAACAGCCUAUCACAGCAAAGACAAACAAGCUGCUGAACUUAGUCAGCAAUUAUGGGCUCAAGAUCCGUUUGUUAAAUGUCCGAUUUAACGAUGUAGCAUUCACAGCCGAAGCUCCACCUGUUCCUCCACGAGAUGACCUUGAUAAUGAUUAUUAUUAUGACGUGUUUGGCGGCACAUAGCAACUUCUUACUGGCUAAUAAUAAUAUAGACUGCUUGUGGAAUACAUGCUGUGCAGUGAAAGUAGUUAAACUUUUUUUGGGAUUUUGUUUGCUUCCUCACCACCUGCUAGGGUUGCUAGUAUCGGGUAAUAUCCACGACCUGGGCACCCGAAACAGUAGACUGAUGCAUUUCACAUGGCAUAGGUGGAAUCUGGCUGGCGUAUAAUAGGGCGCAACUACGGCGCACAUACAUACACACCUAAUAGGCUAUAUACACACCAGAUGAACAUUUCCUCUGACCAAGUAAGAACAAUGUUCUUUGACUGAUGAUUUGCGGUUCCCCAAACAUCUCCUGUGUCGGUGAUUGUUCAAACUGAUAU